CGGUGUGUGCAGUGCAAAAAUAAUUUUUUUUUUACGGACAAAUGAAAUUCUGCAAAAGCAUCAUUUGAACAACCAGUCAAUUGCAGAAGUAUAGUUAAAGUCGGAAUAAACAAAAAGAACAAUUCUGACUGCGGCUUCACAUUUUUGCCGGGUGGCGCGAAAAAAAAGUGUUUUUACGCGCGUGCGUUGGCUAAAAAAACAACAUCGAUUUUUCCGCAACGAGGAUUCUAUAGGAGGAGACUAUAGCAAUGGGUGCCUACCUAUCGCAUCCAAAGACGGAAAAGGCCUCCACAGACGAGCGCAGCGAGCUGCUCAUUGUGGGAGCCAGUUCCAUGCAAGGCUGGCGCAACAGUCAAGAGGAUGCACACAAUUCUAUAUUGAAUUUUGAUACGAACACAUCGUUCUUUGCCGUCUACGAUGGCCACGGCGGUGCCGAGGUGGCCCAAUACUGUGCCGACAAACUACCCGAGUUCCUCAUGAGUUUGGACGCAUACAAAAGUGGUAAAUUAGAAAAGGCGCUUAAGGAUGCCUUUUUGGGCUUUGAUAAGACACUGCUCGAGCCGACAGUUGUGAACACAUUGAAGAUUUUGGCCGGGGAACACAAUAUUGUCGAUGAGGAUGCCGAGGGCUUUGAGGAGGAGGACGAUGACGAAGAUCUCGCCGAACUGCAUGAAGAGAGCAAUUUGCCAUUAAACGAAGUGCUGGAGAAGUACAAGGGACUGCCCCAAACACACGAUCUAUCGCUACUCAGUGCAGAUUCCGCUGCCGCAGCUGCUGCUGCUGGUGGUGCUGGUGGUGGUCUGCUGCAGCGUGGUCGUCGUGCUGCUGCCGUUGCUGCUGAGGCAGUCAAUAAAGCGGUCAUGGAUCCAACAGCCAAGCCGACCGGUUCAUCUACCUCAGCAGCCGCCGCAGCUGCAUUCCAUGAGAUCGAUGGACCCGGUCCCAGUGGCUCUCGUCCUGUGAAACGCGCCCUCGAGGAUGAGUCGGCAGUGAGUAGUAGCUGCAGCAGCAGCAGCUCAAGCGCCAAUUGCUCCAACACACAUGCUACUAAAGUGGACGAAGAAGUAGUUGCUAGCAACAACAACAAUGUCGUCGCUACUACUGCUCCUGCUCCUGGUGCUGCUUCUGCUCCUGCUGCCGCUGCAGCUGCUCCUGCUACAACUGAGCAGAAUGGUAGUGUGACCUCCUCGGAGGCCAAAGCCGUCGUUACGACUGGCGCAGAGAGUGGUGCCAGCACAACGGAGGAUUCAACUGUUUCCGGCUCCAGCGAUGUGGCCGUCGAUAAAAAGUCCAAUGGGGCCAUUGUGGAAAACAAAUCGACAGUCGCCAGCAAAGCAGAGCCAGCUGACAUUUCAUCCACCAGCAAGGAGGCGGAGAAGGUGUUGAAAAAGGCAACGAGUGCCAACCAGGACGAGGACUCCACCGACGAUGAUGCCGACUACGAUGAGAAUGCUGUGGUGAAAGCCCAAGAAACUGCUGCCGCUGAUAGUUCCUCCGAAGAGGACAUGGAGGUGGAGAAAGAUGGUGAAGGUGACGACGAUGAUGACGACGACGACGACGAUGAUGAUGAUGAUGAUGAUGACGACGACGACGAUGAAGAUGAUAAUGCCAGCGAGGAUGCUGAUGAGGAUCAGCUGGCAAACGAUCAUUUCUGCGCCAACAUGAUUGAGGAGCCUGGCAAGGAUAGUGGGUGCACAGCGGUUGUCUGUCUGCUGCACGGCCGUGACUUAUAUGUGGCCAAUGCCGGAGAUUCGCGCUGUGUCAUUUCGCGCAAUGGCAAAGCGAUCGAGAUGAGUCUGGAUCACAAGCCCGAGGAUGAUGAGGAGUCGACACGCAUUGUGAAGGCUGGCGGCCGAGUCACACUCGACGGUCGCGUCAAUGGAGGCCUCAAUUUGUCGCGCGCCCUGGGCGAUCAUGCCUACAAGACGAACUUGGAGUUGCCGGCCGAAGCACAGAUGAUCUCCGCCCUGCCGGACAUCAAGAAACUGAUCAUUACACCGGACGACGAGUUCAUGGUGCUCGCCUGCGAUGGCAUCUGGAAUUAUAUGUCCAGCGAGGAAGUUGUCGCCUUUGUGCGUGUGCGUCUGACUGACGAGGGCAAGAAGUUGUCGGUCAUUUGUGAAGAGCUAUUUGAUAACUGCUUGGCGCCAAAUACGAUGGGCGAUGGCACUGGAUGCGACAACAUGACCGCUGUCAUUGUAAAAUUCGAGAGAAAACUACAGGAACUGCCAGCCACACUGAAUCCAGCUGAGACGGCCGAUGCGCUCCUCCAAGCAGCAUCCCAAAAGCAACAACAACAUGCCAACGAUACUGCGAAUGCGGAGCAGAACGCUCUCAAGCGUUGCGCCUCGCCAGAUGCCGGUGCUGAUGAUGAUGAUGGCGCCAAUCGUGCCGAGAACACCAGUAAAUCGAAACGCUUGAAGAUCGAAAGCGAAUCGUUGGAGUCGGCGGAGGGGGGCAGUGCCAAGAAAUCCGCCGAUGCUAUCAGCAGCUGCACACAAUCACCAGCCGUUGAUCAAAAGAAGAUUGAAGAUAGGAAGGAAUCCGCAGUAGUCGUAUCAUCCACAUAAAUUAUAUAUAUUAUUAUUGAACCCGUAAGAAUGAAUGGAAAGUGCAUCUGCAUUUUGAUCUUUAUACUAUUCUGAUCCUUAUUUCAACUUCAACUUCAACUUGAGCUCUUAGAGCUGAAAACACAAAAGAGAAAACAUUGAAACAAAUUUCCAAAUUAAUUUAGUAAUAUAUGUGGACACAGAAUCAGAACUCCAAUUUGUUGUACGCAUCUAAGUUUUAGAUAUUCAUGCAAAAAAUAUGUCGGUUUUUUUUUUAGAUCUGUUCUAUUUUUUAACACUAAAAUGAAAAUCAUUUAAUACUUUGCAGCAACUCAAAUCAUUCAACUUCGAACACCAUACAUAUAUUCAUAAUGCAUACAUACGUACAAAUAUAUAAACUCUUGAUUAGAUCUUAUUUUUCGCAUGCAUGCAACGGAAAGAUGUUUUCAUCUAUAUUUUAAACUUAAUGUAUAAUGUGACGAGUUAAUAAAUAAAAGCCAGUAAGUACGACAA